AGCAGACUUACCUGCUCAUAUCGCUUGGCAAAAAGCUUGGCGGUGAGCUGACGCGAUGCUGCUGUUGCUGGACCGUCGAGCAAACUGGCUUAUCACAUAGGAUGGAAGCCUUAAAGAUCCGGCUUGACUUCCCUAAUCCAAUUGUACAAGCCCAGGCACUGAGAAGGCUUGUCGCUGCUGUGCUUAAAGAGAAAGACCAGAAUGGAAAAAUCAGCCAGUCUUCCACAAAGGGUUCAGCCCUGGAGACUUUGUGGGAGCAGUGCUGCAACGAUUGCGAUCCGGUACGCUCGACCUGCUGCGACAGCAUUGUGUUGCUGGUGGAUCAAGGCCACGCCGAACUGCAAGACAUCCUCAAUAGCGUCCUCAACCUGCUGCCUUCUGCGCGGGACAUCCAGGGGCUGGUUAAACUCCUGGGGAAGCUGCUUCAGAUGCAGGCGGAUCGCCGGAACCCGGACACAUGCUUCACCUGUCCUUACGGAAUCAGGAGUGGUCCGCACCCCUACAUAACAGCCCUAGAGAACCGUCCAGACUGCUGGACUGCCAUCCUCUCAGCGAUCGAUGACUUUGUUAGGCAGGCAAUUGAAAGAAAUGAACCCGCCUACAUCGCUAUGCUGGUCCCAUUCCUUUGCUACCUGUACUGCGACCCCGAGAGGCGCUCCGAGCACGGGCUUCUCCGACAGGGUCUCCUCCAGGCGCUUCUACCUGCAGAUCCGUGGAAGCAGGAGCAGGAUGGAAGCUUGUCAGCAUCAGAUACUCUGAUCCAAUGCCUCUGUCAACUGGUGCCAGGCAUGCCGAUGGACAGAGUGGAGGAUGCAUUGGAGCUACACUGGUUCAUCCGGGCGCUGCUUCCGCAUCUGGCUGAGAAAAGCCAAGAACCCUUCAAAAGUGAGAAAGUUCGUCUCUUGGUCCAGUUGCUCUGCGCCUGUCAGCGCUGCCUCGGCUUUAGCGGAGACUGUCGACCUCUCGUCGGCUUGAUGGGGCAACUCAUACCGACGUGCCGACAGGAGGUGCCCUUGGAUGAGCUGUUGAUAGGUGUCGCCUUGCUUCUGUUUGAGGCCCCCGCAGCACAGCAGAGUAGCUUGCUGAGUCUAGUCUUAACUUUACAGCCAGAACACACCGAACUGUCCCAGUGGUUGAGUCCGGUGCUGAUUCUUCCUGUGUUGCAACUCAUGUCCUGUUCGGAUCUUACCGAGCCGCUGGCAGAACGCCGCACACACAACCUCAACCAGAAGCUAGCACAGAGCGUGCUUCGUAGCGUUAGCAGGCCGACCGCUGGACUCGGACAGGCCAAGCUCCCGGAGGCACUUCUUUUCACUCCCUUUUUCAGCGAACUGAGGGUAGCUGUGUCCAUUCUCCAUCAAGCGGCGGAUCCGUCGGCAGCCGUCGACUGGCUUCUCUCGCUUACCUCGGCUCUGUCGUCAAAUCAGCGUCUGCCCAACUCCCUGGUCCUCGUCGUCAGCCACCUCCUCCUCACGGGCCAGGACGACGUCUGCCGCUUGGCUUUGGAUGCCGUACGGGCUGUCGCGGCCGCCGACCCCCAUCAGGUCCCAUCCCUUCUUCCACUGCUGCUAUUCAAGCUGGGGAAAGAAAAUAAUCCAUGCCUUUCUCACGCCGUGCUGGAGUGCCUCCCAAAUCUCGGGACUCACAAGAUAUGUGUGCCCAUGGUGCUUCAGACCCUCGGCCUGCUCGCUAGUGACCUUAAACUCAAAGCGGUCGCCAUGCGACUCACUACAGAUCUUUGGAAGAAACAGGACCGCGUUUACCCCGAGCUUCAGCGACUGCUGGCUCAGCCGGAUAACAGGGUGGUUAUGGGGAGGGACACCCAGUGGGAGCAGGUCCUGGCCAGGGCGGCCUGUCUUCGAGACAUCUGCCGAGAGAGGCCUUACCAGCACGGAAGUGACAUGUUGGCCGCCAUUGUGUUGACUCUGAAGCAGUGUACCAAACUCGACCAGGUGACCCCGGCAGUCCUCGCCCUGCAGGGACUACAGGAGCUGUGCCGCGCAGAGGUCGUCGACAUAGUGUCGAUGUGGAGAAAUCUCGGACCUGACCUAAGAUGCGACUCUCGUCCGCUGGUGGUCAAAGUCGUCUCUCAGCUUUUGGCUCUGGUCCCUCAACUUGCCGUCAAGUCUGAAGAGUAUGAGCUACUCAAGGAAGAAGCAGUCAGCUUUCUGUGGAACUACACCAUGGAUAAGGAUCCAGAGGUGGUCAGUUGCGGUUUUCGGUCUUUGGCGGAUUUCCCGGAAUCGGUUCACACAGUAAAUCAUCUCCCUGAGGCAGCCAGGCCUGCAGUCCAGCAGCCUGAACCUGAGGAUGGCGAGCUGGCUGGGAAGGGAGAAGAGAAAGACCUUUCUGUCACAGGUUCAUCCUAUGUAAAGUUGCUGACUCUCACCCCCUCUCCGGCUCUACCAGCCUUGGAGCUCUUCCUUACAUCGCUAGUCAGGCAGGAGAUGAGCCAGAUGCCGAGGGGUGUGUAUUUUUCUGCACUGAGGGGUGGUAGCCUCCGUUCGGACCAGGGCAAAACUUUGGCAGGGAUUCCCGCCUUCAUGCUCAAGACCUACGAGAAGAACAAGCAGCCGGGGCUCAAACCAGGCCUGGCAGCCGGCCUCUUGCUUUGCUACGAGCUACCUCAGCAGACCGAUUGCGACGGGCGACCCAUACACCGCCAUCUUCUCAGCCGGAGCCGGAGCUACCAGCAAACCUUGACCGCCCUCAUCCACGAAGUUAACAUCCAGCUAUCCGAAUGGCAUCGCGUUCUGCUGCUGCCUCAGGCGUGGCGUGGGUUCAUGAAUCGUACUUUCCACGCAGUCCUUGAGGGUCGCCGUGCUGAUCUGGAAAUGCAGAACAAAAAAAGGCAAGAGGACCAAGAAGAGCUGCAGUAUAAAAAACAUUGUGCCUGGCUUUGGACCAGAGACCACUUAACCGAUGCCAUCCGAGGCGCGACAAAGGACAGUCCUAUGGUUCAGGGGAACUCCGUCCUGGCUCUGAGUGCCCUGGCUGCCGUUCUGGCUAAAUACGAGCGUAACCUCCCUGCUGAUAACGACGGAGGCUUCCGUGCAGGACCUGAGUUUGUGCCUACCAGUAGCUGGCUAGCGAUGGUGCUCGACACUUUGUUUAGCAUUAUCAGCAGUAGCUACAAGGCUAAAGGGCAAGUAUUUCCGUGGUACCUGCAUCGCUCCUAUUCGGGCGAGAACACUGCGAGCGCCAUUGCCCGCUCCUGCGCUAGCCUGGCGCUGUCCCUGCUAGUGCCGGUGCUUGUUCUGUGGCAUCAAGACAGCACCAAACAGGUGGUGUCUACACUCAGAGCCGGCCUAACCGACGAAUCUCAGCCCAUUCGGUUCCAUUCCGGCCUGGCUCUCGGCAUGGUGCUGUCUGGCCUACACCACCAGCGUCUCAGCGACAUUUCUCCUGAGAAGAACGCCGAUCUUCUGCUUGAUGCUAUUGCUGCUCUGGAAGCUUGCUCUUUUGACAGCGAUGCGGAUUACAAUACCGGCUGUUUGUUGGGUCUGGGUCUGGUGCUUUCGGCUCUCUGUGACGGGGGACAGACGCACCAACGCGACCGUGUCAUCCAAACGCUGGACAGGCUACAUCGGGCUCUUCAGGACAGCAGUGAACAGGGGCGCAUGCUGCAAGAGGUGUUGGCGUACUCGGUGGCGUGCGUAAGUGUGUCGGCCUUCGGUGGAAGCCUCGUCGAAUCGGGCAAGGUGGACCAGGUCAUGGAUACGCUGCGCUCUUUGACGGAGGACAGCCAGCAGACGCCGGGCUUUGCCUUGGCUCUGGGCCUGGCGGUCCAUGGACUUUCUCUGUGCGGCCACGGCAAAGCGGAAGAUCUCCAAACUCGUCUGUUGGCUGCCUGGGUCAAGAUUUUACUAGCUGAGGGCUGUCCCACCAUGCAGCGCCUGGCAGCCGUUAACGGACUGGUGGCCGCAGCAGGAUCCGAGAGUUACUUGAUUCAGCUCAAGAGUCAACUGGAGACUUCCUCCAAUCAACAGAGUCGACUUAACGAGGUCAUUCGGGCCAUCUCGCAGAUUGUGAGCUUCUCAGGAGCGAUCGGCCUGCAGUCUAACUGCGCCUGCCUGCUGGGCCACUUGUAUUUGUCGCAUAUUUCCAGCGGUCACAGUCACACGGCAGUGCCUCAAGAUUUUACAUACCUGCCGGAGAAAAGCAUCAUCAGAGCCAUCGUGGAUUUGCUCUCGGAAGCGGGAAAAAAAGGUCCCGAGUUUGCGCAUCCGAGUGUGGUGCAAACAGCACUGGCGUCGCUGGCGUCCGUUGCGAGCGCCGUCCAGUACCCGCCCGUCAACUGGGGCAUGAUUCUGUCUCCUCUGAUGCGACUCAGCUUUGGCGAGGAAGUUCAGCAUCAAUGUGUGGCGUUGGCUGCAGCUCAAGCUCAGUAUUCCCAAAGUGCCUCGCUCUUUCUGGGCUCCUGGCUGUCCUCGCCUCUUGUGUACAGUCUAAGUUAUCAGACACGGGCCCUCUUGAAUGAAAACCUCUCCUCGUGGAUGAAACAUGUCGCCGAAGACAAGCUCCAGUUCUUCGUGGAGACUCUAGGUUUGCAGGCCUUUCAGGAGGACCUUGGACCGCAGCGUAUCCUCCUGGGACGCACCCUGCUGCGAGGCCUCGCCCAGGCCAUGGCCACACCAGAUCCCCCUGCCGCGUGCUGGGCCGUCCUGACGUCCGCCACCGAGAAGAUCUUUAAACUCCUGCCUGACCAGAUAAAGGAUAGCGACGUUGAUUUCUACGUGGGAGUCGCUGAAUGUUUGUCUGCAAUGGCUGACUCGGAGAUUGACCGCAUCGCAAGUGUCACAGAGACCCAGAUGGAGAAAACCUGUUUCGUAUUGGCUUACCUGGUAUCGCUGGGCAGGAUUCCUCUGCUGGGUUUAAACGACGUCAUCGCCAGCGUGCUCCGCGGUCGGUCGAGCCACCGGGUGGGCUGGAUCCUCCUGCAGACGUUCUACCAGUGUCGCCUGGCUGCCAGUGUCAAUACAGGUGUUUCCAAACGAAUGGAGUGGCUGCUGGAGUUGAUGGGACUAAUGCGGAACAUAGCCUACGGCACCACCGCGGUCACGUACGGAGACGCCGAAAAGGCCACAGACUUCUUGUUCCAGGUCUUUGCUGCCGCCGUGGUGUCCUGGGGCGACCACUCUGCGCCCCUCCUGUUUGGGAUCAGGCACCGCUGGGCCCCGCGCCGACCCGAAUCCAAAUCGCACGCUCUGUACGGCGCAGAUUCGCUGGCGGAGAGCGCCUUGCCUCGCUGCCUACUGGGAUUGCCCCGCAGCUUGCCCGCCCUCCUCGACAAAGAACCCUGGAGCCAGCAAUCUCGCAAGUUCGUAGACUGGCUUCUCGGCAUCGUCGAGGGACCCCGACAAAGUCUGUCAGCGACAACCGUCGACACAGCCCGAGUGGCUCUGCUGGCCUUGCGCUCUUCGCCUGAGUUCAAGAAGAAAUCAGUGUGGACAAGAGCGUACGGCUGGUAG